GCGUGAUGUGGAGCUUAAAAUCGCACAACAAUAACUUAAUGAUGAGAGACACGUCUAAGCUUCAUUGUCCUAUUCUUUGUUGUAGCCAAAAGGGACAAAUCACGCUUGGACCGCUCAUUUUUGUAUUUAUACCUACUGGCGCCUGAAACUCUCCUAAAUCUUCCUGUCUUCCUUGUUAGAUGUGAUUAACUGCCACUCGCACCUGUCGUCGUUGAACCCCAACUUCUCUAGUGUUACAGUUAUUUUAACCACCACUCAGAACCAGCAGAAAGGCAGCACAAUGCCUCCUCACCGACGUUUUCGAUGUGCAUACAGCUCGUAUCCCACCUUCAGCUCUCCGAUGAAAAAGUCGCCCAAGAAGCGUAGAUCAGAAAUGACUGAAGAGGAGAAGAGAGAAGCUGAUCUUCAGACUACUCUUCGCAAGGCGAAAAGUACCGCCAAAAGGGAAUGGGAAAAUUCCCUUCCCUUACCCUGGAAAGGCCCUCACGACUUCAAGUGGCCUACGGGAACUUUGGGAAUGUACAAAAGUGAUGCUAAACGUUCUUAUGGUUUAACUGAACGCGAGAUCAUGACACUACCUUACGAAUCUAUCGAAAUGUCCAGCAAGACGUUCUUCUCCCAUGCUGAUGUCAAGGAACUCUCGAUUAAAAAGUAUUCUGACUUUGACAUCCUAAUGCCAGACAGAAUGACCACCGUCGGGAGGCCCAUAGGAAUGGAUAUACGUCUUUUCAGGAAAAUCGACCACAACCCUCCAGUAUCAUGAAUCGGACGACUAGCUGUAGCUAGCGACUUCAUCGCCUUUUGUUUCUUGUAGUGACUGAUGAUUAUACGUUGCGGAAGUAGUAAUCACUAUACUACUUAGUUUACGCUCAAGUCUGCACAAGCAAUUGUAAUUUGUCAGGAGCGUCUGGACUCCGACGUAUAUAAGCAUGAG